UGAGGCGUUAACCGUAGAAGAAGCAGCAGCUAACGUGUUAGCAUGUGUCGUUUUUUGCGGAAUUAGCGACGAUUAAAACCUAUUGGUUCGAUAUUUUGCAUUAUGCGUUAAUAUAUAUAUAUUUUUCAACCAACAUACCGGUAAACAUGGAGGCUCUGGUCGGAUACAGCGGGUCGUCGUCGGAGUCUGACGGCGACGAGGAGCCGUCUGUCUGCAAGAAUGAUGGCGGAAGGGACCUCCUCCACGGGGCAGCACCCGACUCAAAGACGAGGAACUUCUUACUGGAGCCCGCGUCCAGCGAGUCCGAUCAGUCCGACCACGAGGGUCCACUCCCGGCGCCACCCAAACCACGUCCGGCCGCUCCACCCCCCGCGUACAAGCUGCCCCCGCCCCGCCUGCAAGCCUGCACGGAGAGCAGCGUGUUCGCCAACCCCUUCAAGGCGCAGGCGGAGCGGAAGCUGAGCGCCCUGCAGAAACACGUGCCGCUCACCGUGCACGCCAAGCCCUCGCAGAUCGGCGGCAAGAGGAUCUGUGCCGCGUACAGGAAGGACGGACGAUGCCGAUUCGGCAUCAAGUGCAAGUUCGCGCACGACAGCGAUCUUCAGACGGCGGCCGUCGCCCCCGGCGACCGCCGUCCGGCCGAGGGCGGGCCGGGCGUCUCCGACGAGCCUCGGCGAGAGGCGGCGCCGGAAGGGUCGGAAGGUCAGCGGGGCAAGAAGAGGAGGGUGGGCGUGAGCGACACGCUGAUCCCGCCCAAAAAAGCCAUGAAGCAGUACAAAAUGCUGAGGGGCAAAGAAAAACUCAACAUGUACUGAGAAAUAAAUACUGUUAGGACUUUUAUUUACAGCUGAUGACUAAACAUGUCCUGUACUAAAUAUGUACAGUACAAGAUAUUACUACUACUGACAUCCUUCACUCUAUAUAUUCAUCGUUAUAUACACAGGAGUCCUCCCUCCUUAAUUGGUUCCAGACCUUUCUUUUGCAAAGUAGGAAUCAAAUAUUUUCUGCAUUUUUUUUUUUUUUUAUAAAUAAGAAUCCAUUUUUAAGAUCAGUUUUAGGCCCAUAUUUCACUUGCUCAGUUCAUUUAUUUUCACUCCCCAACGUGAAUAUUGACUUAUCCAUCUGUAUGUGCCAAGAUAAACGCCAUUACGCUAUUGCCUGAAUAGAGUUUUAAAAACUCAAUUUAAAACCUCUAAAGGCCUAGUGGCCACAUGCGUGGACAGCACCUGUAAGCUCUUGUGUACACUACUGAAUUGGGGUCUUAUGGCCACGUAUGUGGACACUUAUACUGCCAUCUGGUGGUGUCAGAAGAGUAUAACAUACAAUGGAAUUUGGGGGGAAAAGUGUAAAAAUAAGAAUUAGCAUGUCACUAAACAUGAAGUACACGUGUGUGUACUUAUGGACUAAGUACAUCAUAUCAAAAGAUGAUUCUUAGUUUUUAUUCUAAUUAGGGUCCAAUAAGCCCAAAUAGCAAAGAGAAAUAAAAAAAUUGCAUGUAAACAAACAUCUUGGGCCUUAAGAGGUUAAAAUAAGACUUUUUGCAAUACGUUUUGAGGCCAUGCAACCAGAAAUAUAUUUUCCAACCUGUAACCCGUUUUGAAAAAGUUCCACCUGUAAGCUCUUAUUUCCAAAAUGGUGUACACUACUGAAUUGGGGUCUUAUGGCCACGUAUGUGGACACUUAUACUGCCAUCUGGUGGUGUCAGAAGAGUAUAACAUACAAUGGAAUUUGGGGGGAAAAGUGUAAAAAUAAGAAUUAGCAUGUCACUAAACAUGAAGUACACGUGUGUGUACUUAUGGACUAAGUACAUCAUAUCAAAAGAUGAUUCUUAGUUUUUAUUCUAAUUAGGGUCGAAUAAGCCCAAAUAGCAAAGAGAAAUAAAAAAAUUGCAUGUAAACAAACAUCUUGGGCCUUAAGAGGUUAAAAUAAGACUUUUUGCAAUACGUUUUGAGGCCAUGCAACCAGAGAGAUAUUUUCCAACCUGUAACCCGUUUUGAAAAAGUUCCACCUGUAAGCUCUUAUUUCCAAAAUGGUGUACACUACUGAAUUGGGGUCUUAUGGCCAC